UAGCGACUCUGCUACUAUCCCUACUAUGACUGAUAGGGCUAACAGGAAGGUGCUCCCGUCUCAACGACACAAACGCGGCUCCCUCACUGACCCAGGCGGGAAGGCGAAAUUAAGACUCUCCAGGAACGGGGACAAAAGCAGCCACUGACCUUCCUUGCACGACUGGGGCAGCAACACCAUUUUCGCUCCCCACGCUCGGACGGGUCACGGGUCGCCCAAGCGGAGACCCCCCGCCAGGGACCGGCUCAGCGGGACGGGAGAUCCUCCCACCCCGCCCCGCGGCCCCCGUAGGAACAGCAGCAGCAGCCCGGCGUCUUCCUGGCUCGUCCAGGCGAACAUCUGGAGCGGCCUCCUCCCUUUAGCCGAGCCGCGCCACCAAUUCCAGCCGAGGGGCGGGGGUGGCGAGGACCGAGAGACCCCCCCCACGCCGGUCCGCUUUUUUGUGACGUCAUAAUGGGCAGGAAUCGGUUGAACGUUCGAUAGUGACCUGGGGGUUCCCUCCGAGGAGAAGCGCGGCUUUAUCACCCGUCUGCAAAAAGGAGACUGCAAACAGCCGAGCUUCGGCUGAAGGGCUGAUUUCACACGAUUCCAAGAAACGAUAGAGUUGUUUUCAAGAUUUGCAGACAUUCCAAGGAGUCCUUUGAAGCAGUUUUUGGACUUGAGUUUGAAGCCCUGCAGACUCCUACACGCAACGUGCUGUAAGCUAUUGUGAACCACCUGAAACAUGUAACCCAACUCUAGGAGUAGGCACCCAACGUGGAGCUGAGUAACCCAACUCUAGGGAGUAGGCACCACAAUGUGGAGCUGAGCAUAGUAGACGCCUUCCUAUGGAUUGCUGGAGAGAAACCUCAUGAGGACCAGUGAUUCUUAUUUCUUCUCUUGUACGACGACCGGAGAACAUCCUGGUUCAUUUAUCUACGCCAGUGUUCCUGAACCUUGGCAGUGUGGAAAAUGUGUGGAUUUCAACUUCCAGAAUUCCCCGGCCAGCCUGGACUGGUAGAAGUGUUAGAAACCCUGACCUAUUCAAUCAAGAUCAGAAACCCAGCACUCGGUCACCAAACAGUUUAUGUGUAAGGAUCUGCAGAGUCUGGUCUAUCGCUUAACGGACAAGAACCUAGAAACUCAAAUUAUUACAAGGUAGACGUGAAGUACUCCAUAUUCAGAUGAGACAGCUGAAAUCACGGUGACAAAUUAUCACUGCAAGAAUGGGGGAGAGUGAAACUCAACACUCAGACUCAGAUCCUCAUAAUUUAGCCAGCAAUGAUAAAAAGGAAAGUAUCGAAAAUGUGGAGGAUGGAGAAAGCAAGCAAGCUGUUGAAACUGGGGACACAAAGAAAAAUAACACAGUGAACAAGGAAGAGAAGGAUGAGAAGAAAAAUAAAAGUAAACCUGAGGAGAAAAAUAAUAAAGAGAGGAAGAAAGAAAUAUUUGUCAUUGAUCCCUCUGGAAACCUUUACUACCACUGGCUGUUCUGUAUCACCUUGCCUGUCAUGUACAAUUGGACAGUGAUCAUUGCUAGGGCCUGUUUUGAUGACCUUAAUCAAAACAAUUUAGAAAUGUGGUGCAUUUUGGACUAUUCUUCAGAUUUUAUUUAUAUUGCCGACAUGUUUGUGCGGACAAGGACAGGUUACUUGGAGCAAGGCUUGUUGGUGAGAGAAAAAUCUAAGCUCAAGCAAAGAUACAAGGAAACAUCACAGUUCAAAUUGGAUCUACUGUCCAUCCUGCCAACAGAUCUACUUUACUUCAAAUUGGGACUGAAUUACCCAGAAAUAAGAAUAAACAGAUUACUUAGAAUAUCGCGUAUGUUUGAAUUCUUCCAGCAAACAGAAACAAGAACAAGCUAUCCAAAUAUCUUUAGGAUCUCUAAUCUCGUCAUGUACAUUAUAAUUAUUAUCCACUGGAAUGCUUGCAUGUAUUUCUCCAUCUCAAAAGCGAUUGGCUUUGGAACAGAUACAUGGGUCUAUCCCAAUAUUUCUCAUCCUGAAUUUGGCAGGCUUGCUAGAAAAUAUGUGUACAGCCUUUACUGGUCGACACUGACUUUGACAACCAUUGGUGAAACCCCUCCUCCUGUGAAAGAUGUAGAGUAUUGGUUUGUUGUUGUUGAUUUCUUGGUCGGUGUAUUAAUCUUUGCUACUAUCGUUGGCAAUAUCGGUUCUAUGAUUUCUAAUAUGAAUGCUGCCCGAGAGGAAUUUCAAGCAAAGAUUGAUGCUAUCAAGCAGUAUAUGCAGUUUCGUAAUGUAAGCAAAGAUUUGGAAAAACGGGUGAUCAAGUGGUUUGAUUAUUUGUGGACAAAUAAAAAGGCCGUAGACGAAAGAGAAGUCUUGAAAUUUCUUCCAGAUAAAUUACGAGCAGAAAUUGCUAUUAACGUUCAUUUGGAGACAUUGAAAAAAGUCCAGAUUUUUUCAGACUGUGAAGCUGGUCUGUUAGUUGAGCUGGUCUUGAAACUACAACCUCAGGUAUUUAGUCCUGGAGAUUAUAUCUGCCGGAAGGGUGAUAUUGGGCGAGAAAUGUACAUUAUCAAAGAAGGAAAACUUGCAGUGGUAGCUGAUGAUGGAAUAACUCAGUUUGUCGUUCUUAGUGAUGGCAGUUAUUUUGGAGAAAUUAGCAUCCUUAACAUUAAAGGUAGCAAAGCUGGAAAUAGGAGAACAGCUAACAUUAGAAGUCUUGGCUACUCAGAUUUGUUUUGUCUGCAUAAAGAUGAUCUGAUGGAAGCUUUAACAGAAUAUCCAGAUGCAAAGACUUUGUUGGAAGAGAAGGGAAAGCAAAUCCUUAUGAAAGAUGGGCUACUGGAUUUAGAGCAAGCACACAUGAAGAGAGACACUGAAAACCUUGAGCAAAAAGUUAGCCAAAUAGAAGGAAUGCUAGAUAAUUUACAAACAAGGUUUGCUAAACUUUUAGCUGAAUAUAGUGCUGCACAGCAGAAAUUGAAGAUAAGGUUAAGACAAGUCGAAACCAUUGUGAAACCAUCCCCAGAGUGUGAUUUGUCAGACUUAGAAGAAUUGCAGAGAACUACUGAUCAUUAAGGGUUAAAAAAACAUUUCAGAUAUUCAUACCUGAGGAUCAAUGAAUCAAUGAUGGGCAGAAUUAUGUUAGAUAUUCCAUUAGAUAUGGGAAACUAUUCAUAACAACCAGUUUUUUUCUGGGCAGUAUGACACACAUGACACAACGCCAUCAUGUACUGUGGCUCUACAAAUCAUAAUCUCAUGGAUCAGCUUGGAAACUGGGAAUCUCAUGGAAUUAAUGAAGGAUUAGUAGGCUACAUUUUAAAUUUUGUCUCUGUAACCCAUCUAGAAAGAAACAUUUUUUUCCAGCUACUCAGAAGCUACUGUGAGUUUACAAUUGAUGGACAUUAUUAAACUAUCUGAUCAUAUUAGAUUCAUGAGUCAGAGAACACCUUUGUUAUCAUAACUAUCCAGAAAACUCAAAAUAGUUUGUAUGACGUGGAAAUAUUUCUACAAGAAAAUUCUGCACUGCUGGUAAUAUAAUAAUGCUAUUGACGCAGAAUUGUGCUACUUGUACCGACUGUAAGCAAUUCAUCAUAAGUUAAAGUUAUCUGUUGGAUAAACAGACAAACUUUUUACUAUGAGAGUUAUUCUUUUGAUUAUCGCUGUUUUAAGCAAUGUACAAUUUCUGCAGCAACUGGUGGAUACAAAUGAAAAAACUCUAGCCAUUAACAUCUUAGGUUAAUCCAAAUAUUCAAUAACUCGAGAAGAAAAAACAGAGUCAACUACAAAUUAUAGUGUAAUGACUAUAGCAGUCAAAUUACAAGACUCAAGUAUACGGAGAAGAUACCUAAUUGAGGAAUCCAGAAUGAAGAUGUCAGCUGUCGUACAGGCACGUCAUCUUUCAUGAAGAUUCCCUGGAAAGAAUGCAAGGCAGAACUCUGCUCAGCUUGGAAUUGUUAAAAAAAAAAAAAAAAAAGCUUUGAUAGCUAUCAAAAAAAUAACCCACACUAACUAAGUGUUCCAUUGCAAAGUGGCAACCCAACUUUUUACAAGUGGAACGUUAUUCAGACAGGAAAUGCACUGGAGCAAUCCAGAACGCCAGAAAAGGGAAACAACUAGAGAACCUCCAACACAAUGGACACUCGUGCAACUUUAUCAAAAGUGCCUGACCACUUGACACCCUACAGCACAGCCAACAUAAGCUAUGAAAAGGAUAACACUACCACACAAGGAAAACAUCUCAGAAACAGCCAAGAGACUAUUAUAACCACACGGCUGUAAUGAAUGUCCAUAGAACACAAACCGAUUAAAACCCUCCAAAACAUCUUGGGUUAAUCAAAAUAUUCAAUAACUCAAGAAGAAGUCAACUACAAACUAUAGUGUAAUGAUUAUGGCAGUCAUUAUGUAGGAUAGACAAGCAGAAGCCCAGCACAACGUAACCAUGAGCACCAACUAACAGUAAAAAGACUCAAUGAAAACUCUUUUAAUCUCACAAUUUGUGGGUAGACACAACAUAGCUUCAACUGGGAAACUGAAUGUAUCUAAACUAAGCUAAUUCCUGGAAGCUUGGCAUUGAGACAAACCAUCCACAAAUAGACAUAUGAAGAAGAUUAAAUGGCAAUCAAUUAAAAACAAUUAAAAAAUUAAGGAGGAAUUUAAAAAAACAGAACGCAAUCAACACGCAGAUAAGCAGGAAUUAACACCAGACAAAAGAGCAGAAAACAGUAUGCUCAUGGGCAGGGUAAGCUACUAUAUAAAAACAGGGAGCAAAUCCCAUAUUCACUUGCACUGAUGGAUUUACCUAGUCAUUUUUGCCACCAUUUUUCAUAAUUCUCUUCUAUUGGAAUUGGGUAAAAAAACCCAAAAGGUUUGGCCUUGGUCUGAUCUGAUCUAGAACUAGCUGCAAAAAGUCAUAACCCAAUUUUUUUUGCACUCAGUGAGUGACAAGUAUAAAGAGGCAACACAGGACAUACCCAUAUCACCCUCUGGAUGGAAGAAAUUUUAUGGUUAACAGUUUAUGGACUCAAAUGAGAAAGGAAAGGGGGGAUUUUAUAAUUAGCUUAUAGUUGCUUAUUUCGCCCUGUUGGCCUGUUCAGAUGGUGAAAUUUAAUAUAGCCCUGGGAGAAGGACUUUUUUUCUGCCAGAAUUGUACAAAAGCCAUGUUGAAUGGUGGGUCUCACUCUUGGGGAGUUUACUUACACAUAUAAACAUUAAAAGAUAUAGAUAUCUUUUGUUUAAGAUUAAGGAUUGGAUAGUAGCAAAGCCUUAGUUCCUGAAGAGCAGUCAGGCUUCAGAAUUAAUAGUUCUACCAUUAAUAAUUGUUUUACUUUAUGUUAUUUUAUUAGGAAACAUGCAAUAAAAGUAGCCAAUUCUUCACAACUCUUAGAUUCUGUAACAGCUUUGUUCUUAUGCCAUCCAUCUUGUAAAUUUGCAGGAUUCUUUUUGUUCGCCAUGUAUAUGUAUGCAUUCGAACUAGACUGUGAUGUUUCUCUGUGUCAUAUAUAUGCGUAUAUGCAUAAUGGUACCGUAUUGUUUGAGCUGAAUACAAUGAAAUUUCAUUUUAAUGUAUGUUGAUUACAUUUAAAGUGACAAUAAAGUUUUUAAUUCUACUCCUAUCCUAUCCUAUCCUAUCCUAUCCUAUCCUAUCCUAUCCUAUCCUAUCCUAUCCUAUAUUCUGUUCUGUUCUAUCCUAUCCUAUCCUAUCCUAUCCUAUCCUAUCCUAUCCUAUCCUAUCCUAUUCCUAUUCUACUCUACUCUACUCUACUCUAUUAGUUGAUUCAAUUAACAGAUACUCUUUGCAGGUAACGUGGCUUUGGAUAUGGAGACCAGACUUUGUUAUUUCAGCAAGUCUUUAUAUAGAAAAUCUGGUGGGAAUGGUGCUUUCAGUCAAUUAGCACUUUAAUAGGGUUAGGCAGAGAUGUAUUUUGGCUCCUAUCCUGCUUAACUUGUACAUGAAUGAUAUCCCAAGAUGUCCCCAGGCAACUGAUAACAAUAGCACUUAGACUUAUAUAGUGCUUUAUAGCACUUUCUGGGUGGUUUACAAUGUCAACAUUUUGUCCCCAACCAGCUGGGUCCUCAUUUUACUGACCACAGAAGGAUGGAAGGCUG